UUGAUUCAACUCUUUGUUACAACAAAACGAACAAAGAGUAGUCCAGAAAAAAGGGAGCUUAGAAUGGAUCCAGAGAAGGAAUACAAUGAGUUCGGUGAGCAACUCAAAUCACUCAAUCGACAGAAAAGUCGGAGUCAACCUAGUGGUUUAGACAGAGUGAAGAGCUUGACUAGGAAACUAUCAGCGAAAACGAGGAAAGAACGAAAUCGUGAUCGUGCUAUUGAGCGCGAGAAUCAGCUUAUCAUGAGUACUCCAUCUCAGGAUCUUUCUAAGCUUCCGGAAAUUAAGCCUCAAAUAAAGAUUGGGCACUAUAUACUGAAAGAUACUCUUGGAGUCGGUACAUUUGGAAAAGUUAAAGUUGGAAUCCAUGAAGCCACUGGGUAUAAAGUAGCUGUUAAGAUUCUAAAUAGACAGAAGAUCAAAACGUUAGAUGUUGUUGGGAAAAUUCGUCGAGAAAUCCAAAAUCUUUCACUUUUCCGUCAUCCACACAUUAUUCGCUUAUAUCAAGUUAUCAGCACACCAACUGAUAUUUUCAUGAUUAUGGAAUAUGUAUCUGGUGGCGAACUGUUCGACUACAUCGUCAAACAUGGACGACUGAAAACUCCUGAAGCUCGCCGGUUCUUCCAACAAAUUAUCUCCGGUGUAGAUUAUUGUCAUAGACACAUGGUCGUUCACAGAGAUCUGAAACCCGAAAACCUAUUGCUCGAUGAACAUUGCAAUGUAAAAAUUGCUGAUUUUGGUUUGUCUAAUAUAAUGACUGAUGGCGACUUUCUGAGAACAAGUUGUGGUUCUCCUAACUAUGCUGCUCCUGAAGUUAUCAGCGGAAAGCUUUAUGCUGGUCCUGAAGUUGAUGUUUGGUCUUGUGGUGUAAUUUUAUAUGCUCUUCUAUGUGGCACACUUCCAUUCGAUGAUGAACAUGUUCCAAGUUUGUUCCGCAAAAUUAAAUCCGGUGUUUUCCCUAUUCCUGAAUACUUGGAUAAAUCUCUCGUUACACUUCUACUUCAUAUGCUUCAAGUUGAUCCUAUGAAACGUGCCACUAUCAAGGACGUCAUUGCUCAUGAAUGGUUCCAAAAAGAUCUUCCAGCUUAUUUAUUCCCUCCUGUUAAUGAGUCAGAAGCUUCAAUUGUUGAUAUUGAGGCUGUCCGUGAAGUUACUGAGAGAUACAAUGUGCCCGAAGAGGAAGUCACAGCUGCAUUACUUGGUGACGAUCCCCACCAUCAUCUCUCAAUUGCUUAUAAUUUAAUUGUGGAUAACAAGAGGAUUGCCGAUGAAACUGCCAAACUCUCUAUCGAGGAGUUCUAUCACGUUACUCCCAAUAAACUGCAUCAAGCUGAUUUGGGUCAUCGGCACCCUGAAAGAAUUCCUGCCCUAGUACAGGGCAAAGUAUCGUCUACUCUUGAUUCUGAAAGUGGUCCAUUCAGUCAACAUCAACAACCCGCUUCAGCACCUCAAAUCUCUGCUUCAGCUGCUCCUAGUAAUACAGCCAAUCAAAGAGCUGGGGUUAAACGGGCUAAAUGGCAUUUGGGCAUUCGUUCACAGAGCAGACCCGAAGAUAUUAUGUACGAAGUAUUCCGUGCUAUGAAGAGUUUAGAUAUGGAAUGGAAAGUAUUGAACCCUUACCACGUGAUAGUACGAAGAAAGCCAGAUGUCCCUACAUCGGAUCCCCCCAAAAUGUCACUUCAGCUGUAUCAAGUUGACCAACGCAGUUUCUUGCUUGAUUUUAAGAGUUUGAUCGAUGAUGAGAACACACCUGGAAGUGCUUGUUCUUCUCGUCAUCCAUCUAUGUCUAUGCCAGCCAAACCUCCAGGAAUGAGGGGUAAUCGUGCUCAAAGUAUGCCUCAAACAAUGGAGGAAGAACCCCCGAAAUUGCAGGUUGAUGCUUCACCUCCACCUUCGCCAUCAGGUGCGAAACUCUCCCAGACGAUGCAAUUCUUUGAAAUGUGUGCAUCUCUGAUUGGCACUCUUGCUCGAUGA